GGUUGAUUAAAGAUGCUUACUUCUCUUCUCUUCUCACCCUUAUCGUGAAAUGACAAACGAAUGAUUCACAUUACUCAACACUGAAACUCUCUUUCUCUCAACACUCUCUCUCUCUCUCUCUCUCUCUCUCUCUCACUCACACUUUCUUUCUUCACUUGAUCCACCAAAAGAUACUUCUUUUUUUUGUUUGGUAUACUAUGGCUUCGGAUGAGACCAUGACCCUUCAUUCUUCCUUGCAAGAUGAAGACUUUGACGAUGAUAUUGAUGAUGGGUUUGGUCAUCAUCAUGAUCAUGAUGAUCAUGAUCAAGAUCAGCAUCCCCAAACCCACAACUUGUCCAGGCUUUCCGUUUGUACCAGCAGCACCUUGUGUGGUGUCGAUGACGAUGAUGACGACGAUGAUGUUGAUAAUUCCGUGUCCAUGUUCCUGUCACACUUGUCCAUUGAAAGUUUCGAAGGUGAUGCAGAUGGGGAACUCUCGGAUGGAAAGGAGAUACAAGCAGGGUUGUGCUCUGACUCUGAAAAUGAAGAAUUGGGUGGCUGUUAUUCUUUGCCGGCGACGCCUCCACGGCGGAGGAACCGCGGAAAGACGGUGAUUGCGGUAAAGGACUAUGCAAGUGACAAUGAGGCUGCAGCAGGAAAGGGUACUGUGUUCAUGAGACAGGAAACCAAGAAGAAUGAUCCGAGGAGAAGGAGGAGCAGGAGCAGCAGGAGAAUAAGAAGGGAUGGAUGGUUGUUUGAACCAGCAGCUAAUUAUAGCAAGAAAAAAGAGGAGGAGGAGGAGGAGAAUCUGAUUCAACUUCAAGGGUUUAGUGGAGAGAGUGAUCAAAGUGGUGGUGGUGGUGGUAGCACAGGGACAGGUGUUAUGGUGAUAACAAGGCCCAAAGGUGGGAAAAGGUCACUGUGCAUGGACUUGGAAGAAGUGAAGGCUUGUAGAGAUCUUGGGUUUGAGUUAGAACACGAACGCAUGCUUGAAAUGCCCUCUCAUCUCUCAUUCUCCAAUUCAACACUCGACACUAGCAGUGGUAGCAAUUCACCCAUCGCCAAUAUGCGCAUCUCUAGUCCUGGUGACGAUCCACGAGAUGUGAAGGCUCGGCUCAAGGUGUGGGCGCAGGCUGUAGCUCUAGCAUCUGCCUCCAAAUAUAGCACAUGACUCUUUAAUUUUCUCCUAACUCAUACCUACUCCCUCAUUUUUUGCGAUUGAGAGAAUAUAUAUAUAUAUAGUUAUAUAGUUAUAUUAUACUUGGGCUUUUCUUUUGUUCCCACCAUGAAUGGUGGUUAUAUAAUUCUACUUGUAGUUCCAAGAAUUUUCUUCCAUAAAUCCCUCCUUCCCCCCUCCCGGGCAGAAGGAGUGGGGGUUUCAGGUUGAAGUACCCUUUUUGAGUGACGGUCACUUUUCCCCUGUACAGUUAUAGUUUGAAUAAGAUGAAAAAGUAUGUAAGAUACAAUAGUGUGAAUGGCAAAUGAUAAUAGAAGUGUGAAUGGCUCGAAAAAGUUGCUAGCAAU